ACUAUACAGCUGUACCUGUUGUCCGUUGCUGUCAGUAACGACAACAGGCUGGUCGCGGAACACCACUGGCUGUGCAGUAAACACAGGCUGGGUCACUACAACAGUCUGAGCGGCAGGAGUAAUACACACGUACAUAGGGAGAUAAAUGGGGGUGAUGUGGUAGACAUCUUUGGUGUCGUCGAUGCAGAACGGGAUGAGAGCAAG